AUGAGGACAACCAGAUUAGGAGAGGACCCCACCCCAUCAAACCAAGGGGGGAACCCAACCCAUCAAACCAAGGAGAGGACCCCACCCCAUCAAACCAAGGGGGGAACCCAACCCAUCAAACCAAGGAGAGGACCCCACCCCAUCAAACCAAGGGGGGAACCCAACCCAUCAAACCAAGGAGAGGACCCCACCCCAUCAAACCAAGGGGGGAACCCAACCCAUCAAACCAAGGAGAGGACCCCAACCCAUCAAACCAAGGGGGGAACCCAACCCAUCAAACCAAGGAGAGGACCCCACCCCAUCAAACCAAGGGGGGAACCCAACCCAUCAAACCAAGGAGAGGACCCCACCCCAUCAAACCAAGGGGGGAACCCAACCCAUCAAACCAAGGAGAGGACCCCACCCCAUCAAACCAAGGGGGGAACCCAACCCAUCAAACCAAGGAGAGGACCCCACCCCAUCAAACCAAGGGGGGAACCCAACCCAUCAAACCAAGGAGAGGACCCCACCCCAUCAAACCAAGGGGGGAACCCAACCAAUCAAACCAAGGAGAGGACCCCACCCCAUCAAACCAAGGGGGGACCCCAACCCAUCAAACCAAGGAGAGGACCCCAACCCAUCAAACCAAGGAGAGGACCCCACCCCAUUAAACCAAGGAGAGUACCCCGACCCAUCAAACCAAGGAGAGGACCCCACCCCAUCAAACCAAGGAGAGGACCCAAACCCAUCAGACCAGGGAGAGGGCCCUGCCUCAUCAGACCAGGGAGAGGCACCCCACCCCAUCAGAUCAGGGAGAGGGUCCUGCCCCAUCAGACCAGGGAGAGGACCCCGCCCCAUCAGACCAGGGAGAGGGCGGCCCACCCCAUCAGACCAGGGAGAGGACCCCGCCCCAUCAGACCAGGGAGAGGGACCCACCCCAUCAGAUCAGGGAGAGGGCGGCCCACCCCAUCAGACCAGGGAGAGGACCCCACCCCAUCAGACCAGGGAGAGGGCGGCCCACCCCAUCAGACCAGGGAGAGGACCCCGCCCCAUCAGACCAGGGAGAGGGCACCCCAUCAGACCAGGGACAGGGCCCUGCCCCAUCAGACCAGGGAGAGGGCCCCGCCCCAUCAGAUCAGGGAGAGGGCCCUGCCCCAUCAGACCAGGGAGAGGGCCUCACCCCAUCAGAUCAGGGAGAGGGCCCCGCCCCAUCAGACCAGGGAGAGGGCCCCAUCCCAUCAGACCAGGGAGAGGACCCCGCCCCAUCAGACCAGGGAGAGGACCCCGCCCCAUCAGACCAGGGAGAGGAUCUUUUACAUGAACGGACAUUUCACAGAAACUGACUAUAUAUAUGUUAUACAUCAGCCUGCCACUGUGAACUGUAAUUGUGGGAAAAGUGAGUUUUGA